AGCAACCUGAGCCAAUGUAUUUCUGCUUGUUGCCGCGAUGGAGGAGUCGCUGGACGAGAAGGCGCUGUGGCGUGACCGCAACAAGAUCUUCGUCGCCGGCCUGCCGCUUGACGCCGAUGACAAGGCGCUCGCGUCCAAGUUUGAGAGCUUUGGCGAGAUGUUCCAGGCCAAGGUCGUCUACGACAACAAGACGCAGCGCUCCAAGGGGUUUGGCUUCGUCACGUACUGCUCGUACGAGAGCGCACUCGACGCCGUGCGUGAAAUGGACAAGAAGAAAUGGGACAGCCGCGUCCUGAACGUGCGCUUUUUGACGCCCAAGGGCGGCGCCGCGGGCGCGCCGAUGGCGCCGGCACCGGCGCCCCGCGUCAUCGAGCCGCGUCCCGAAGGCUGCACGACCAUCUUCGUCGGCAACAUGCCGUACGAGAUCACGGAAGAGAUCCUGCGCAAGGUCUGCGCCGUCUGCGGCGACAUCAAGGCGAUCCGGUUCGCCGAGGACAUCAAGACCAAGGAGUUCCGUGGUUUUGGCUAUGUGCAGUUCUACGAAGGCGAAGCUGCCGAGACGGCCGUGCGCACACUCCACGGCACUGUUGUCAUGGGCCGUCCGCUGCGCGUCGACUACGGCGCGCGUGACGCGCCCGAGGUUUCGGAGAUGAAGGAGGCCCUCCAGAAGAAGCUAAAGAAGGGUAUCUGCCACAAGUUCCAGCAGGGCUUGUGCGACCGCGGUGACGCAUGCAAGUUUGCCCAUAUCGAAGCCAACGACCCGAUGACGGGCGGCAUCCCAGUGAUCAAGACCGCGUCCAAGGCCGGUCCGCGCUGCAUCAACAACGUCCCAGACGAUGCGCCUGUCUGCAUGGGCUUUCAGCGCGGCAACUGCACCCGCGGCAACAAGUGCAACUUCCGUCACAUCGUCGGCGAGUCGGCGGCGGCCGAGACACCGGAGACGCCGGCAGCGGCGCCCGCACCAACCUUUGUCGUUGUCAACAACGCCCCAGAAGACGCGCCUAUUUGUAUGAGCUACCGCCGUGGCAAGUGCAAGCGCGGGGACUUGUGCAAGUUCCGCCACAUUGACGGCGACCUCCCGGACGAGAACGACGACGACACCGCUGCGGCCCCUGUUGCCGUACCUGUUCCUGCCGUGGUUGCGCCUGUCGCCGAAGAAGCUCCGCAAGACGUUGACGACGACACGCCGAUUUGCAAGAGCUACCAGCAGGGCAAGUGCAAGCGCGGUGCGCAGUGCAAGUACCGCCACGUCGGUGCGCCGCCGACGCCCGUGCGCGCGCCCGUGGCCAUGAUUGGCGGCCUCGCCGUGUGCCAGAAGUUCCUCAAGGGCCAGUGCGCCAAGGGCGGCACCUCGUGCCGGUUUGCGCACCCCGGCGAGUCGCAGGCAGUCGCGGACGCCAAGUCCGAGUACCAGAAGCGCUUCCAGAGCGUGUGCUACAACUGGCAGAACGGCGGCGCGUGCGCCCGCGGUGACAACUGCCCGUUCGAGCACAACAACGCACAUGUUGCCAAGACGGUGGCGACGGUUGUGCCUGAUGUCGAGGCCGAGCCCGAGGCGCCGGUCGCCAAGAAGGAGAAGAAGGAGAAGAAGGAGAAGAAGUCGAAGCGGACCGCCGACGACGAGGACGAGGACGACCGCGCGGCGCGGAAGAAGGCCAAGAAGGACCGAAAACAGAAGCGAAGCGAAGAUUAG